AUGACGCCGCUUCCGAAUCGGCUAUCCGAAAGUGAAUCUGCACAUUCCACUAAUGAGCAACCAUCUCGACAACGAAAUCACUUUAUCACCGGAAUCAUGAAACACCAAGUUCGAUACGAUGACCUGUUUCCCUAUGAAGUCAGCCAGCUGGCUUCAGUCCUUUGCCAUGCACCACCUGUCGAUACGCCCCGAGACGGAGCUGUGUGGACAGCCUAUGUGUGCCACACAAACGAACGCAUCGCUCUACUCAGUCACAGGCUCCGAGCAGCUACUACACUGCCCUCCUUCUUACCCUGGUCUACCAACCACGGUCUGUGUAGUAUACAUCGUCGUCUCAAUGCUAAGCCCCUGGAGGACAUCUUUGCAGCUUUACGGUACGAAGUCGAGGUCAGAACACAGGAAAUUUGGCAGCCCGUCGCGUUGGCUGGUGGCCUAUCAGCCUCACAAACUCAACAUUUGGCCCUUAUGGAGGAACUCCAAUCACUAUGGCUUACACCAUCUGCUUUUAUGGAAAAGUUCAGUCGCCUGCCUUCUCCGAGAUAUGCCCAUCAAGCGGACGAGUGCGUCGCUUGUGUUCUAGCGAGAAUGGGGGCCAAUGUGAAAACUGCAAUGGCACUCGGUGCACUGUUACUAGGCUCGAUGCGCAGGUCCGACAUGCUGAGUACCCGCGUGUGCUUCUGCCGCGAAUGGGUACGAUACACUGUGGAAGGCGAUAUCGAUUGCGUGGACGCUGCGCUCUCCGAGAUGGAGUUGAUGGGAACGAGAUUCCGUGAGGCGAGGAAAUGGGCACGCUGGCGUGCAGAAGCCACAAGCGAGCACGGAGAAAGAGGUCUCGGGCUAGGCGGUAUGCCGAACGUGCAGCUGACAAGAAAGUCAAGAUGUCAGGAAGAACCAGAUCUAGAUGGUAGGCGCCACCAUCAGAGAGCAGCAACUGCAAGCCCGCAGAGGUCAUCUCCACAAUUGCCACUCCAGCCAUACUCAUCAGCACCUGCCUUGCCAAAGCGCUACUCAGCCGAGCAACACUCUCCUGAACUCCCUGUGGUCUACCCACCGCCUGCUGAUCUGCACUCGCCUGAACAAUACUUUUCUGCUCACAAUUCUGAUGAAACAACCUCAUCGGAAACACUUCCUUCGACGACAAUCAACACACUCUUGCCGAACUCACCAGCAUCUCUAUAUUCCGAAUUUGUCACCAAUCCCUUCCUUGACGGCAGCUCCUCUCCUUCGCCAGUCCAUGAUAGACAAUUGCCUCCGGACUUGCCGUUUCGCCUCUUCGAACGACGUCGUGCAUACAGCAACGACGGAUCGCCCAGUCCACCCAAAAACGCUGUACAAUGGCCCAAUCGAACCCCUAGGACUCAACAAUCCACCGCAGAGCGCUUCAAGGACGGACUCGUCCAAGUGCCUUACUUGGCGAGGCUUGAAACUGGUGACAGGAAUAUCGGUGCUCUCUGGAAAAAAAGGGCAGAGAAGAUGACAGUAAAUGCAAAAGGGAACAGAUAG